AUGAUCACGUUAGCAGCGAUUUUCGGUCUGUUUUUAAUAGGCUUGUGGAUUGCAAGCCGAAUCGAAGAACAGCCGAACGUAAUCGCGAAAGUGUACACGCAAAGAGGACGAUGGUUUUAUUUAAAGUAUUGCCUCAUUACGUGCAUGCUCUUCUUGGUCAGGAUGAAGUACUAUGUGUACGGGAAAAGGCGCUAUCACAAAGAUGAAGACAUGGAUAAGUUGCAUGAAUUAUCCAACCAUGAUCAAGCAUUCGACGCCGUUUUCUUCCAAGCGGUCUCGCAGAACGGAAUAUACAUUUGCACUGGGACAGAGAGGCGACACGGCGGGAAGCUCAACGGAUUAGUUUAUAUAGUGCAUCCGGAAUAUGGAGUAUUGGAAAGUCUAAAACUACCGAAAACGGAGUUAAAUGCAGACGUAGUUUCCCUUUUGAACAAAAAGAGUUAUUCAGGCGAAGGAAUUUCCUUCACUCCUAUAGUUCCAAUGAAAAAAUGGAAAAUGUCUUACAACGGUUUAAUGAGGAUACAAAAUGAUCCCACGAAGCUCGUUCAAGUAAAAUUAGAAGCUGAUUGGACAAGCAAUUACGACUGGUUCUUCGUGGAAAUCGAUGUUCCUAUCAGCACAAUAGCCAGGUGUAUGGCAGUCGAGGUGUGGACUAGGCAAUUUUUUCAGAAUCUCAAAGAGGCGCAUCAGAGCCAUUACGAACAGAUGGGUUACGUAAACGGGACAUUGCAAAUUGACGGAAAAUUAACAUCAUUGGUCGAUAUCGACGCGUUUCGAGAUCACAGUUUCGGUCACAAAAGGGACUGGUCACUGAUGCACAGAUACAUCUACUGCAUGUUCUACUUAUCCGAUCGCACUAAAAUCUCGCUAGGAGUAAUUAGUCACCACGGGCUCAUGACUCACUUGGAAUUGGGCUUCGUCAGUCAUCCGGACGGGCGGAUAGAUCCCAUAGAGAGCAUCGAUUUGCGGCUGUACGAGCACGCCGAAAACGGGGUGUUACCGGAGGAGUUUGAGUUCACGUUCGAGAGCGCCGGGAAAAGUUACGACGUAAAGAUGAAGUUCGCCUACGAAGCGAAACACUAUAAAGGUAGUAACGAUGAAGCCGUGAUGAAUGAAAGGUUCCACGUUUGCGAGGUAAAUGGUAUAACCGGUAAGGGAAUAUCGGAGUGGCAUUAUAACAAAAAUAUGUUCAAAACUGAAGCAGUAGAUUGA